UUUGAGAUUUCUCUCUCUAUAGAUCUAACGGUAUAUUCUUCGCCGGCGAUUGUUUCAGGCGAAUAUUUGAGUUUUCUUUUCAAAACCAUUAUUUCAAUUCGGAUAGUUUUCCUUGGAUUUUGGUAUCCAUUCGCUAUUUCUGGUUGUGUUUUACUGGUUUCACGUGCUGCAUGAUCAUCGGUAAUGGCUUCGGCUUGCGUGAACAACAUCGGAGUUUCGCCAGAGAGUUUCCUCGACUGUACUCCGACGUAUCCGACGUACGGAUGGUUGAGCCCUAGAAUCUCUUUCAGUCGUGAUUUCCCCGACGAAGAAUCGAAUGCGAAGACGUCGGCAACGGCUGAAAAGAAGUCGCAUGAGAAACACGAUCCCGAAGCUUACGGCAAGGAUGUCGGAGAUUUCGAGUUCAGGCUCGAAGAUCCGGUGACAAUGCUCCCGGCUGACGAGCUAUUCUCCGAUGGGAAGCUUAUGCCUCUACAGCUUACAACGGUUCGUCCUUCUGUUGCUUCGACGGCGGUGACGUCUACUUCGGAGGAGAUAAGGUCACCAGAGGCUGUCAAAUCGCGCCGAAGAGCUGAGCUGUCCGGGACAGAUCCGUACUUGUUCUCCCCUAAGGCGCCGAGGUGUUCGAGUAGAUGGAGAGAGCUUUUAGGCUUGAAGAAGCUGCAGGGUAAUCAAGCUAAGCAAGAUUUUCAGAAGUCAGCUACGUCUUUCGCUUCUUCAAAGAAUACUAACCCCAAGUCUUUGAAGCAUUUCCUCCACAGAAACUCAAAAUCUUCGUCAGCGGGUGUGGAUUCUAUGUUGAGCCUUCCGUUGCUGAGAGAUUCUGAUUCGGAGUCCAUUUCUAUUUCUUCCCGUCUUUCGCUUUCUUCUUCGUCUUCUUCUGGCCCCGACCAUGAAGAUCUCCCUAGGCUUUCCCUUGAUUCGGAUAAACCAAAUCCGAGCCAAACAAUUUCUCUGAGCAAGACCCCACUAAGGCUUAGAGUAGCGAAGCCAGCAACGGCGAGAAGUACCACUGCAAUUGCAAGCGAGAACAUUAGGCCUUUUGCGGCUGAGCAUCCUACGGCGAGGGUCGGACGGAGCCCGAUUCGCAGAGCUCCUGAUUCAACCACUACUCCUGCUAGAGGGGUCUCUGUUGACAGUCCUCGGAUGAACUCUUCUGGCAAAAUCGUGUUUCAGAGCUUAGAGAGAAGCUCGAGCAGUCCGAGCAGCUUCAAUGGUGGUCCGAGGAUUAAACACAGAGGGAUGGAAAGAUCUUACUCUGCAAAUGUCAGGAUUUCCCCUGUUCUAAACGUUCCGGUCUGUUCACUUCGAGGAUCGUCGAAGUCUGGUUCUGUCUUCGGGUUCGGGCAGUUGUUUUCUUCUCCACAGAAGAAGGAUGGGACGUCCACCAAAGGCCACACCAACAGAAAUCGCACUGACCGUAAUUGAUUUGGUUUCGGAGUAAUUUGGUAACAUUUUGAAAAUUUUAACUUUCGUUUUUCUCCCACCCCCUCACCGUUCUUAUGCUAUUCCAUUUUGCGGGGUCUUAUUCGAUUGAAGAUAUUAGAUGUAUAUAUGCGGGGCUUUCAGCUAAUGUAGGAUUUCUUCCAUCCAUCUGCAAAGGGUUGGGAUCCUUUAGCUUUUCUGUUUCUUUGAUUUCUUUUUAUUUUGCUCUGUUUUUGCUGGUUCUUGUAAUCUCUCCUUUGAAAAGGUAGUCAGUAAGAGAUUUGAUCCAGUUCACAAGAUAAUUUUUAUUGUAAGUUUGCUGAUUCUCUUUUGUGUAUUUUGGUAUAUUCGUUGUGGAUUUUACUAAGUUGUGCGUCUUCCUC